AUGGCCGAUAGUGCGCUCCCCAAUCUCUACCGGCUUUACUCUGGCAAUACUGAUGACGAUAACACCACGCUCCCCUUCACAGAAAAAGACUUUGAUGAGCCGACCCCAGUCAUCAGUGAGCUUGGUUGUGAUUAUUUACAUUGCAAUGCAUCUCAGGAUGGUCACAUACUGCGCUCAGAAAUGAUUUUCCCUCGAACUUCCAAUCGCUUCAAUACAGGAGCCCAGGUGGGAGGCACUGAUGUAAGGUCCAUCGACACCCCACCCAAGUCUGAACGCCCGGUGCAUCGGACUAGGGGUCUGGAUUUCUUGGUCCAUACCCUGGGAGAGAUGGAGGUAACUCAUUUAACGGGGGAGCAACAACUCUUACGACCUGGCGAUUUAACCAUCCAGGGUUUCAGUUUUACCAAAUGGCGCAAUCCAAGCAGGAAAUGA